UUCGCCACGGAGAUGACUUAGCUCAUCACGCAGGAGAGCGAGAAACGCCAGACCGACAAAAAAGCCACGCCAGACGGAUCCGAUCACCUACUGAGCAGCAGCCAGUGGGCGCACCGAAAGGGCGAAGGUGUGUGUGACAUUUCCAACGUGAGAGACCAGGAUUGUUUGACCUUCCGUGCUCGUAGAUCGAUUGCUAAGGAGGAUCCAUCCCAAGAACCAUGGCCGCUGAGGGACAACGUGAUGAAGGACCUCCACUUACGGAGUUGGAGUCCCUCCAGCUCAAGUCCAAUCAAGUCACGGAUGACUCGUUGGAGAGCACCAGAAGAAUGAUUUCCAUGUGUGAAGAUUCGAAGGAGGCUGGUAUUAAAACUUUGGUGGCAUUGGACGAUCAAGGAGAACAAUUGGAAAAAAUCGAGGGCGGCUUGGAUUCUAUCAACGCGGAUAUGCAGAUUGCCGAGAAGGCUCUCAAAGGAAUGGAACUUUGUUGUGGGAUUUUCCCCAAAUUCUGGAAGAAAUCGAAUGAGUUCAAAGAAGACGACGCCGUUUGGAAAGGCGGGGAAGAUGGAGGCGUUGGAGGUGGAGGGCCGCCUCCCACCCAAAUGGGUGGGAUGGGACCUCAAGGGGGCUAUGUGGCCAAGAUCACGAACGACGACCGCGAAGAAGAAAUGGAAGAAAAUAUGCAACAAGUGAGCACAAUGAUUGGUAACCUGCGGAAUAUGGCAGCAGACAUGGGAACAGAGGUGUCCAAUCAGAAUUCACAACUCGACAGGAUAAACCUUAAGGCUCAAUCGAAUGAGUCUCGGGUGAAAAUGGCCAACGAUCGAGCGGGCAGGCUCUUGAAAUAAGCAAUCCGAAGGGUCUCACACUUGAGCUUUGGAUAUCUGUGCCCGAUGAUCGAUGAUUCCCUUGUGUUCCCAAGAUCUCUGAUGCAUUCAAGUUCGCUUGCGGAGGAAUCCGAAUAAGACAAAACCGCAACAACAAUAACCACAACAACGCCAAUGAUGAGCUUGAAUGUUAGGUUCAUUCAUUUGAUAAACUUCCGACGUGAAAACUAGGUCCUUGUUGCUUUCCUCUUUCCCGUCUGACCUCGUCACCGCAUGCAUGUUUCAUCUCCCAAGACAACAUCAUCAUGCCUAAACUUAUAUUUUGCACUCGCGCUCUAUUUCUCCCUCGUCUUUUUUCCACGAGUACAACCCAAAAAGAACAUCCCCAUGGGCAUUAUUUGCUCUUUGGCCAAUUGCCAGCUUCUUUUAAAGCCUCUUCUCAUUGUCCGUAACAAAUCAGCUCCUCUCUCUGUCCCGAUCACAAUAGGUUUUUAGCUCUUUAAUUCAGCCACAAAUGUGGUAAUAUUGCUCUUCAUUAUGUGGUAAGCUCUCUUGAGCUCCGAUUUCCUUUUGAUUACAUUUGUUUAUGGCAAGGCCCCCAUCACCGACGAAAUGAUUCGAACAAAAUAAGUUCCGUACAGAAACAAGUAGGAUCGGCGCUCAAGGGACAUUCCAUAGAAAUCAGAAUUUUUCGCUGAAUGUUAUUGUUUUUACUCUUGGUUGUCAACGUAGAAGUUGGGGCCUGGUCCAUUUGGCAUUCUUUAUAACCUUCUGCGAGUCAUUUAGUAUUUGCCGAACUUCUCCUCGGGCCUCCGUACCUACGUAAUGCUUCAUUUUAUAGUCAUGGUACCAAAUCGUGAUCUUGAUUGACUCAGUUCUGGAUUCGUCCAGAGCAUUGUUGGCCUCAAUAGAGCCUUGGAACCCUUGUUAUGUUUUUAGAGAUCUAGGUCUCCAGCAUUCAAAGUGUGGCGAGAGCUGAAGUAGUAUUCAUAUAAAGAGUUGUAUUUCUUCUCUAGCUAUAUAUUGGUAUCAUUAAUAUAUAACUGCGUACUUAAUCAUACCAUCUUUAUGAUCACUUCCUAUCAUCAAGUCUUGUUGUGUUCUAAAUAAAAAAAGCAUAUAUUGUCCCUCAA